AACAUCUGGUAGAAACAGUGUUGAGUGAGCGUGGGGGCAGGGCAGUGGGAAUUUGCCGGUCAUUCCAGGGGAGGGAGAGCGGGUGGCAGCCCAGCCACGUCAGGUCCUCAUGGAUCGCCCAGCUCAUGAAGAGCAGCCACUAAGCCCGGUGAGAGCCGGUGUGCAGCCAUUGCGUUGUGAGUCGCCAGAAAAAUUGCUGGAUCCUUCUGCUGCUGUCAAGGGAACGUGUCAUCUUGAGUAUCUGUCGGUGAAGAUUGGAAACCUGGAAGAUUACUACCAUUUUUACCAUAGCAAAACCUUUAAAAGAUCGACCUUGAGUAGCAGAGGCCCUCAUACCUUCCUCAGAAUGGAGCCCCAGGUGAAAUGGCUCCAGCAACAAGAAGUUAAACGCAGGGUGAAGAGACAGGUGCGAAGCGACCCUCAGGCCCUCUAUUUCAACGACCCCAUCUGGUCCAACAUGUGGUACAUGCAUUGCAGUGACAAGAACAGCCGCUGCCGAUCAGAAAUGAACGUCCAGGCAGCGUGGAAGAAGGGCUACACUGGGAAAAACGUGGUGGUCACCAUCCUUGAUGAUGGCAUAGAGCGGAAUCACCCCGACCUGGCCCCAAACUACGAUUCCUACGCAAGCUAUGAUGUCAACGGAAAUGAUUAUGACCCGUCUCCACGCUAUGAUGCCAGCAAUGAAAAUAAACAUGGUACUCGUUGCGCCGGAGAGGUCGCCGCUUCAGCCAACAAUUCAUACUGUAUCGUGGGCAUAGCAUACAAUGCCAAAAUAGGAGGCAUCCGCAUGCUGGACGGCGACGUGACGGAUGUGGUUGAAGCCAAGUCGCUGGGCAUCAGACCCAACUACAUCGACAUUUACAGCGCCAGCUGGGGGCCAGAUGACGACGGGAAGACGGUGGACGGGCCUGGCCGACUGGCUAAGCAGGCCUUCGAGUAUGGCAUUAAAAAGGGUCGGCAGGGCCUGGGCUCCAUUUUCGUCUGGGCAUCGGGGAACGGCGGGAGAGAGGGGGACCACUGCUCCUGCGAUGGCUACACCAACAGCAUCUACACCAUCUCCGUGAGCAGCACCACCGAGAACGGUUACAAGCCGUGGUACCUGGAGGAGUGUGCGUCCACACUGGCCACGACCUACAGCAGCGGCGCCUUUUAUGAGCGGAAAAUCGUCACCACGGAUCUGCGGCAGCGCUGCACGGAUGGCCACACUGGGACCUCGGUUUCAGCCCCCAUGGUGGCGGGCAUCAUCGCCUUGGCUUUAGAAGCAAAUAACCAGUUAACCUGGAGGGACGUCCAGCACCUGCUGGUGAAGACAUCCAGGCCGGCACAUCUGAAAGCCAAUGAUUGGAAAGUCAACGGUGCAGGUCAUAAAGUCAGCCAUCUCUAUGGAUUCGGCCUGGUGGACGCAGAAGCCCUGGUCAUGGAGGCGAAGAAGUGGACGGCAGUGCCCGCCCAGCACAUGUGUGUCGCCACCACAGACAAGAGACCCAGGAGCAUCCCCGUGGUGCAGACGCUUCGGACCACCGCCCUGACCACUGCCUGUGCCGACCACUCAGACCAGCGGGUGGGCUACCUGGAGCACGUAGUGGCUCACAUCUCUAUUUCCCACCCACGCCGGGGAGACCUCCAGAUCCACCUCAUUUCUCCCUCGGGAACCAAGUCUCAACUCCUGGCAAAGAGAUUGCUGGAUCAUUCCAAUGAAGGGUUUACGAACUGGGAAUUCAUGACUGUGCACUGCUGGGGAGAGAAAGCCGAAGGGGAGUGGACCUUGGAAAUCCAAGACAUGCCAUCCCAGGUCCGCAACCCAGAGAAGCAAGGGAAAUUGAAGGAAUGGAGCCUCAUCUUGUACGGCACUGCCGAGCACCCAUACAACACCUUCAGCUCCCAUCAGUCGCGCUCUCGGAUGCUGGAGCUCUCAGCCCCCGUGUUGGAGCCACCCAAGGCUGCUCUGUCACCGUCCCAGACGGAGGCUCCUGAGGACGAGGAGGACUACACAGCUCCUCCCACCCACGGCUCUCCUAAUAUUUUACAGACCAGUCUGUGCCAUCCGGAGUGUGGUGACAAGGGCUGUGACGGCCCCAAAGCAGACCAGUGCUUGAACUGUGUCCACUUCAGCUUGGGGAGUGUCAAGACCAGCAGGAAGUGCGUGAGCGUGUGCCCUCUGGGCUACUUUGGGGACACAGCAGCAAGACGCUGUCGCCGGUGCUACAAGGGGUGUGAGACCUGCUCGGGCAGGAGCCCAGCCCAGUGCCUGUCCUGCCGCCGCGGGUUCUAUCACCAUCAGGAGAUGAACACUUGUGUGACAUUCUGUCCCGCUGGAUUUUAUGCUGAUGAAAGUCAGAAAACUUGCCUUAAAUGCCACCCAAGCUGUAAAAAGUGCGUUGAUGAACCAGAAAAAUGCACUGUCUGUAAAGAAGGAUUCAGCUUUGCACGGGGCAGCUGCAUUCCAGACUGUGAACCAGGCACCUUCUUCGAUUCUGAGCUCAUCAAAUGUGGGGAAUGCCAUCACACCUGCCAAACCUGUGUGGGGCCCAGCAGAGAAGAAUGUAUUCACUGUGCGGCAAACUUCCACUUCCAAGACUGGAAAUGCGUGCCGGCCUGUGGUGAAGGUUUCUAUCCAGAGGAGAUGCCGGGCUUGCCCCACAAAGUGUGCCGAAGGUGUGACGAGAGCUGCCUGAGCUGCGAAGGCUCCAGCAGGAACUGCAGCAGGUGUAAGACGGGCUUCACGCUGCUGGGGAGCACGUGCAUCACCAACCACACGUGCAGCAAUGCCGACGAGACAUUCUGUGAGAUGGUGAAGUCCAACCGGCUCUGUGAACGGAAGCUGUUUAUUCAGUUUUGCUGCCGCACGUGCCUCCUGGCUGGGUAGGGGCACCCGGCUGACUGCAGAGGGCGGGGCCUCUCCUGUCCGUCUGUCCCUCUGCCUUUUCUCCAGACUGUCAGCCAGAGCCUGUUGCAGGGGUGCCCCACAUCUGACAGCUUUAUCUCCCCGGGAGCAAGGUCCUUCUGCGGCAUCUCUGAGCACCCAGCCCAGAUGGGUGGUGGGCCUCAAGGUGUUCCUCAAACAGUGAUAGCCUCUCGAACUCUGCUUGCUGGCUCCGUUCCUCUGGCAGACCGCAGCAGGAACAGCAGGAAUUCCGGGAAUCCACAGCUCCGACUUGGGAGCAGCUUCUGGGACCAUACGUUUACUGAAAUCUUCAAGACCAAAGCAGAAAGGCAAGAUGCUUGGCCUCACACAUCCCUCUCCUCCCUGUGCUUUUGUUCAGCCUCCAUGAAUCUCACCCACCAGGCCCAGGCCGUCUCCCCACGUGGGAUGCCCGGCUGGGUGCACACCUGCUCCCCCACCUGCCACAGAGCGGUCUGGGGAUGGUUUGGUCAGACCGUAAAUAAAACAGAGUUGGGGCGUAAAAUAUAUGACCACUGGGGAU